AUGUCACGAUUCGCGAAACCCAUUCGGUGGGCUCUGGUCUCGCGAGAGAUCGCAAGUAAAAUAUCUAAGAGAGUCCCCAACCUGCUGCCAGCUUCCCGAUGGCACUGUUUCUCAGAAUGGGGUACUACAGCCGUUCUGAUGGUUUGGAUGUUGGUGCCGGCCCUCAUCCGCGUAAGAGCGUAUCGUGGUCUCAUAUGUCUCGGGGCUCAUAUGUAUGGCCCGACUUGUAGCCUCAAGGUUCAAAGACUUCCGCUUGGCAUGUACGUCAAGGUUGCGAGUAUGGAAUAUCACGACAGCUUGGCCAAUGAGUAUGCUGCGAUACAGCUCGUAAGGCGCCAUACAGAAAUACCAGUUCCUCGCGCAUUGGAUCUUGUAUCAGACUCGGACAAGUCUUAUCUUCUGACUACUAGAGUCAGUGGCAUCCGCCUUGGGAUGUGCAUUGAUUCGCUCAGCGAUGACGAGGAGACGACUCUAGUUUGCGACCUACAGAGAAGCCUUGCGGAAUUGCGGGCGAUACCGAAGGUGGUUGCCCCUCAAUAUGCCAUCACCAAUGCUCUUGGCAAGGCAUGUUAUGAUUACAGAAUCAUUGCGGGGUUGAACGUUGACAGUGACAGAGGAGAUUUCGUUGGACCAUUUGUUACCGAGGAGGAGUUUAACGACACCCUUCGCGUCGGCGCAUUGCCGCAUGUUUCGCAUCGCAGCGGGCAUCAAAUCGUGUUUACGCACGGGGAUCUGAAUAUGCGAAAUAUUUUGAUGCGUAAUGGGAGGCUUUCAGGGAUCGUCGAUUGGGAGAACUCAGGAUGGUAUCCGGAAUACUGGGAUUACACGAAGGCUCAUUAUAUCACAAAGCUUCACCAGCGGUGGUUGAAGAUUACUGAUAAGGUUUUCAAAUAUUAUGGAGAUUUUACCGCCGAACUAUCUACCGAACGUCAGCUCUGGUAUUACUGUUUCUGA